AUGAUAUUUAAAAAGCUAAUACCGAGUUUAAUAAUUUUAGUGAUAGCAGAAGAAGUAUGGACCCACGUUGAAAUAGAAGCCGAAGAUUACUUCUUUCCAUUAGAACCAGUAAUAAAUUUCUGCAAAAUGGCCGACCAGUGUCAGCAUGACUUUGUGGCAAUUUGCGGGCAAGAUUCUUUAGGUAUUUCUAGAAUGUUCAACGACAACUGCGAUCUAUAUGAGUACAACUGUGAUGAGAAGAAACAAUACCGCCACGUAAAGCUAGAUGUGUGCAAGUAUGAAGCAGCCGCUUCUGAGAGGGCACAGUAUAGUUAA